UAGAAAGGCAGCGUGUGCGUGGUGAAAUUGGUGAAAUUUGCCAUUUGGACGGAUAUCGUGCAAUAUGUGCAACUGAAAUGCGAUUACAAAGUGGUGUGUAGGUAAUUGAUGCCAGAAAGUGGGAUCGCCGGAUCAAUUGCCGUUUGAAGAUUUUGGCAGAGAUUCAAAAGAGCAGUCAUUAAUAGGAUAGGUUGGAUAGGUAGGUGUCGCGAACAUUCGCGUGCUGUGCGCCGUCGGAUUUUGUGACAGAAUGUUGUGGUGUUGAUCAACAUUAGUGUUGUGUUUCUGGGUGUAUGGUUUUUUUUUUGAAUGAAGAAGAUUGCAGAAACCUAAGCAGGCGGCAACUGUGUAUGCAAAGUGCGGCUAUUUUUAGCGCGGUCGUUCGAAACCGAAGCCGUGCGUUUCAAGAAUUUGACGGGUGAAAUAUUUGACCGUGCUGAGCUGCGGCUCCGUCGUCUUGAUCGUCGGCGAGGAGGAGGAAAAAAACACGUAAACACUUCUUUUGGCGAAGCAAAUUAGAGUGGAAACGAAUUUAGAACGUGUCAUCUGGGUUCGAAGGAGGCGCUUUGCGCAAUGCACCUGCCUGACCGGCGGCGGUGUGGAUUACGCGAGUUAUUGUAAGAGUGCGUGAUAAUAUGUUGCGAUUGUAAGAGAAUAUAAGAAAUUUUAGAAGACCCGCAGAAACCAAGCUGUCACUGAAAGCACAAAGUUAAAAUGUUGCAACACCCGAGCAGCGAUUAUUACGAGUUAUCGGCGGCCAGCAAACAAACGCCCCCAAAUUUCAGUCCGCAGGGAGCUAAUGCGGCUGUUUUGGGAUCGCUGGCUGGCGGAGGUAGUGCAGGAUUGAAUAAUAAUAAUAAUAACAACAACAGCAACAAUAAUAACAACAACGACAAUGAUCUGGAUUUGUUGGGACAGAAUGGAGGUUUGAAUAGCAGCGAUCGGGAAUCGAUGCCCAGUUUUGGAUUUACCCAGGAGCAAGUAGCGUGCGUCUGCGAGGUUCUACAGCAGGCAGGAAAUAUCGAACGGUUGGGUCGGUUUCUGUGGUCAUUGCCCCAGUGCGACAAGCUGCAACUGAAUGAGUCCGUGCUCAAAGCCAAAGCCGUGGUGGCGUUCCACCGGGGGAACUUUAAGGAGCUGUACCGGUUACUGGAGCACCACCAGUACGCACCGCACAAUCACGCCAAACUGCAAGCACUAUGGUUGAAAGCUCACUACGUUGAAGCGGAGAAACUACGGGGGCGACCGCUCGGAGCAGUCGGUAAAUACCGCGUUCGUCGCAAAUUCCCCCUACCCCGGACGAUAUGGGACGGAGAGGAAACCAGCUACUGCUUCAAAGAAAAAUCAAGAUCGGUACUGCGAGAUUGGUACACGCAUAAUCCUUAUCCCUCGCCGAGGGAGAAACGGGAACUGGCCGAAGCAACCGGAUUAACCACCACCCAGGUUUCAAAUUGGUUCAAAAACCGACGGCAACGGGACCGAGCAGCAGAGCACAAAGACACCGGUGAAUCGGACAAACAGCACCUGGACUCUUCUAGCGAUUCGGACAUGGAUGGACCCAGUUUGGGUAUGCCCGGGUCGCAUAGUGGCCCGCAACAGUCACUGGGAGGAAGUGCAGCACAAAGUCUUCAUCUGGGUCCGGGCCUUGGUGGUGGAAUGUCCGGAAGUGGUGGACCCCACUCCGGACCGGGAGGUCCACCUGGAGGUGGUGGCGGUGGAGUAGGAUUAGCUGGACUUGGGGUCGAUCACCAGCCACAGCCACUGUCGACGAGGAACAGCAAUCUGAUGAAUAUCCCGACCAGCAACAACAAGGCACUGGGCCAGCUGGCGUCCAGUUCGCUGACCGCGGCUUACUCCCAUCUGUGGGAUCGGAGCAACGUGAUGGGAUCGAUGCCGAUCUAUGACAUCGGAGAGUAUCAGCAUUUAUGAUUUUAAGCUAAGGAUUGUGAUUCUGUUUAAGAAAUCUCGGUUUUUUAUGAUGGAUUUUUAGACAGUGGACAACUCUCUUGGAUAGAUUUUGUUCUAGACUUUAGUAGGAAUUUUGAAAAUUGAUUGCAAUUUUUAAGUAGUAGGAAUUUUAAUUCAGGUUAUCUCCAGAAUCUUGUACUGUACUUUUUUUCCAGCCUUGCAUGGAGCUGUAGAAAAACAUGACAGAGACACUCUCACACAAAUGAUCUUAAUUAUAGAACAAAGCGUAAUGCAGUUUUUCAAUGCCACAAUUCUAGUGUAUAAUGCAAUAAUAUAAUCAAAAUUAUCCUUUUUAUUAUACAUUUCGAAUGCAAUGU